GAGACCGGCGCCACUUCAAGCGCAUGCGCUUCCCGCCCUUCGACGACGAGGAGCCGCCGCUGGACUACGGGGACAACGUCCUGGACGUGGAGCCGCUGGAGGCCAUCCAGAUGAGGCUGGACCCGGUGGAGGAUGAGCCGGUGCUUGAGUGGUUCUAUGAGCCCGUGCCUCUGCUGAACACCAAGCAUGUGAACGGCAGCAGCUACAGGAAGUGGCACCUCUCCUUGGCGCAGCAAGGCGUGCUGUACCGCUUGUCCAACCAGCUGCUGUCCGAUCUGAUGGACAGGAACUAUUUCUACCUCUUCGAAAAGAAGUCCUUCUACACGGCCAAGGCCCUGAACAUGGCCAUCCCAGGUGGUCCCAAGUUCGAGCCUUUGUACCGCGACAUGUACGAUGAAGACGAGGACUGGAACGAGUUCAAUGACAUCAACAAGAUCAUCGUGCGACAGCAGCUGCGUACGGAGUACCGCAUCGCUUUCCCCUUCCUCUACAACUCCCGCCCGCGGCGGGUGACCAUGGCCCCGUACCACCACCAGUCCGUCUGCUACAUCAAAGCCGAUGAUCCGGAUCUGCCGGCCUUCUACUACGAUCCUAUCAUCAAUCCUCUGCCUGCGUACCGCGCAGUGUCCCAUCGAUCGCAGGAUCAGAAUGCAGAUGAUGAUGAAGACAUCGAGAACUUCACGCUCCCUGAAGAGUGCGCUCCGCUCCUGGAAGACACGCCCCUCUUCACGGACAGCACUGCGAACGGCAUUACGCUCUACUGGGCGCCGAGGCCCUUCAACCUCCGCAGUGGCUACAUGCGCCGGGCCCAGGAUGUGCCUCUGGUUGGCCAGUGGUAUAAGGAGCACUGCCCGUCCAACUACCCGGUGAAGGUCCGGGUGAGCUACCAGAAGCUUCUGAAGGUCUGGGUGCUGAAUCAGCUGCACCACCGCCCGCCCAAGACCCUGAACAAGCGGAACCUCAUGAACAUCUUCGCGACCACCAAGUUCUUCCAGCGCACAGAGCUGGACUGGGUGGAGAUCGGCUUGCAGGUGUGCCGCCAGGGCUACAACAUGCUGAAUCUCCUCAUCGCCCGAAAGAACUUGAACUUCUUGCACCUUGACUACAACUUCAACCUGAAGCCCGUGAAGACGCUGACCACCAAGGAGCGGAAGAAGUCGCGCUUCGGCAACGCCUUCCACCUGUGCCGGGAGAUCAUGCGCUUGACCAAGCUGGUGGUGGACUCCCACGUGCAGUUCCGCCUGGGCAACGUGGACGCCUUCCAACUGGCGGACGGCCUGCAGUAUAUCUUCGCCCACGUGGGGCAGCUGACAGGCAUGUACCGCUACAAGUACCGGCUCAUGCGGCAGGUGCGCAUGUGCAAGGACUUGAAGCACCUGAUCUACUACCGCUUCAACACGGGCCCGGUGGGCAAGGGCCCGGGCUGCGGCUUCUGGGCGCCGGGCUGGCGGGUCUGGCUCUUCUUCCUGCGGGGCGUGGUGCCGCUGCUGGAGCGCUGGCUGGGCAACCUGCUGGCGCGACAGUUCGAGGGCCGAGUGAGCAAGGGGGUGGCCAAGACCAUCACCAAGCAGCGUGUGGAGAGCCACUUCGAUCUGGAGCUGCGCGCCGCGGUGAUGCACGACAUCAUCGACAUGAUGCCGGAAGGCGUGCGUGCGAACAAGGCGCGGACGAUUUUGCAGCACCUCUCGGAGGCCUGGCGCUGCUGGAAGGCCAACAUCCCCUGGAAGGUGCCGGGCCUGCCCGCGCCCAUCGAGAACAUGAUCUUGCGCUACGUGAAGUCCAAGGCGGACUGGUGGACGAAUGCCACCUACUACAACCGCGAGCGAAUCCGGCGAGGCGCCACGGUGGACAAGACCACCUGCAAGAAGAACCUGGGUCGGCUGACGCGUCUCUGGCUGAAGGCCGAGCAGGAGCGGCAGCACAACUACCUGAAGGACGGGCCCUACGUCAGCGGCGAGGAGGCCGUGGCGAUUUACACCACCACGGUGCACUGGCUCGAGAGCAGGAAGUUCACGCCCAUCCCCUUCCCGCCGCUGAAUUACAAGCACGACACCAAGCUGCUGAUCUUGGCCCUAGAGCGGCUCAAGGAGCAGUACACCGUGCAGACCCGGCUGAACCAGCAGCAGCGAGAGGAGCUGGGCCUGGUGGAGCAGGCCUACGACAACCCCCACGAGGCGCUGAGCCGCAUCAAGCGGCACCUGCUGACCCAGCGCGCCUUCAAGGAGGUCACCAUCGAGUUCCAGGACAUGUACUCGCACCUGGUGCCCUGCUAUGAGAUUGAGCCGCUGGAGAAGAUCACGGAUGCAUACCUGGACCAGUACCUCUGGUACGAGGGCGACCACCGGCACCUCUUCCCGAACUGGGUGAAACCUGCGGAUACGGAGCCGGCGCCUUUGCUGGUCUACAAGUGGUGCCAGGGCGUCAACAACUUGACAGAUGUGUGGGACACAUCUGACGGCCAGUGCGUGGUGGUUCUAGAGAGCAAGUUCGAGAACGUCUCGCAGAAAGUGGACCUCACGCUGCUGAACCGUCUCUUGCGGCUCAUUGUGGAUCACAACAUUGCGGACUACAUGACCGCAAAGAACAACAUUGUGAUCAAUUACAAGGACAUGAACCACACCAACUCGUAUGGCCUCAUCAAGGGCUUGCAGUUUGGAUCCUUCGUGUUCCAGUACUACUGCAUGGUCCUGGAUUUGCUGAUGCUGGGCCUCACGCGGGCCUCGGAGAUCGCAGGGCCUCCGCAGCUGCCCAACGAGUUCCUGACCUACCAGGAUGUGGACACAGAGUUGCGGCACCCCAUCCGCCUCUACUGCAGAUACCUGGACCGGUUCAUCAUGGUCUUCCGGUUCAGCAAGGAGGACUCCAAGGAUCUGAUCCAGCGCUUCCUCACCGAGAACCCGGACCCCAACAACGAGAAUGUCGUGGGCUAUACCAACAAGAUGUGCUGGCCCCGAGAUUGCCGCAUGCGGCGCAUGAAGCAUGAUGUGAAUUUGGGCCGGGCGGUCUUCUGGGAGAUGCAGAACCGCCUGCCCCGCAGCGUCACCACGCUGGUCUGGGACAACUCCUUCGCCUCGGUGUACUCCAAGGACAACCCGAACAUCCUGUUCAACAUGUGCGGCUUCGAGGUGCGCAUUCUGCCCAAGAUCCGGACCUUCCAGGAAGAGUUCACCCAGAGGGAGGGUGUGUGGAAGCUGCAGAACGACGCCACCAAGGAGAUGACCGCGCAGGCCUUCUUGAAGGUGGACAACGAGUCGCAGAAGCAGUUCGAGAACCGCUGCCGCACCAUCCUCAUGGCCUCAGGUUCGACCACUUUCACCAAGAUUGCGAACAAGUGGAACACGAACCUCAUCGGCAUGAUGACCUACUACCGAGAGGCGGUCAUCCACACUGAUGCGCUGCUGGAUCUCUUGGUGAAGUGCGAGAACAAGGUGCAGACGCGAAUCAAGAUCGGUCUGAACUCCAAGAUGCCCUCGCGCUUCCCUCCGGUGGUCUUCUACACGCCCAAGGAGCUGGGCGGGCUGGGCAUGCUCAGUAUGGGCCACAUCCUGAUCCCGCAAUCUGACCUGCGGUACUCGAAGCAGACGGAGACGGGCAUCACCCACUACCGCAGUGGCCUGAGCCACGAGGAGGACCAGCUGAUCCCCAACCUCUACCGCUACGUGCAGACCUGGGAGGCCGAGUUCGUGGACUCCCAGCGCGUCUGGGCGGAGUACGCGCUGAAGCGUCAGGAGGCCACGGCCCAGAACCGGCGCCUCACCCUGGAGGAUCUCGAGGACGCCUGGGAUCGCGGCAUCCCGCGCAUCAAUACGCUCUUCCAGAAGGACCGGCACACGCUGGCCUUCGACAAGGGCUGGCGCGUGCGCCAGGACUUCAAGCAGUACAACAUCAUGCGGAACAACCCCUUCUGGUGGACCCACCAGCGUCACGAUGGGAAGUUGUGGAACCUCAACAAUUACCGUACCGACAUGAUUCAGGCCCUGGGCGGCGUGGAGGGCAUCCUGGAGCACACCCUCUUCAAGGGCACCUACUUCCCCACCUGGGAAGGUCUCUUCUGGGAGAAGGCCAGUGGCUUCGAGGAGUCCAUGCGCUUCAAGAAGCUGACGAACGCCCAGCGAAGCGGUCUCAACCAGAUCCCGAACCGGCGCUUCACGCUGUGGUGGUCCCCCACCAUCAACCGUGCCAACGUCUACGUGGGCUUCCAGGUGCAGUUGGACCUCACUGGCAUCUUCAUGCACGGCAAGAUCCCCACGCUGAAGAUCUCGUUGAUUCAGAUCUUCCGGGCCCACUUGUGGCAGAAGAUCCACGAGAGUAUCGUCAUGGACCUCUGCCAGGUCUUCGAUCUGGAGUUGGACGCCCUGGAGAUUGAGAUGGUGCAGAAGGAGACGAUCCACCCGCGCAAGUCCUACAAGAUGAACAGCUCCUGCGCGGACGUGCUGCUCUUCGCCUCCUACAAGUGGGCCGUGUCUAAGCCUUCCCUCCUCACCGAGUCCAAGGAUGGCUUCGAUGGCACCACCACCACAAAGUACUGGAUCGACGUGCAGCUGCGCUGGGGAGACUACGACUCCCACGAUAUCGAGCGCUACUGCCGCGCCAAGUUCUUGGACUACACCACGGACAACAUGUCCAUCUACCCCUCGCCCACAGGAGUCCUCAUGGGAGUGGACCUCGCCUACAACCUGCACAGCGGCUUCGGGAACUGGUUCCCUGGUGUGAAGCCCUUGCUGCACCGAUCCAUGAACAAGAUCAUGAAGGCGAACCCGGCGCUGUACGUGCUCCGGGAGCGCAUCCGCAAGGGCCUGCAGCUCUACAGCAGUGAGCCCACGGAGCCGUAUCUCAACUCACAGAACUACGGCGAGCUCUUCAGCUCUCAGAUCAUCUGGUUCGUGGAUGACACCAAUGUGUAUCGCGUGACGAUCCACAAGACUUUCGAGGGCAACCUGACCACGAAGCCGGUGAACGGCGCGAUCUUCAUCUUCAACCCGCGCACAGGACAGCUCUUCCUGAAGAUCAUCCACACCUCGGUGUGGGCGGGGCAGAAGCGGCUCUCGCAGCUGGCCAAGUGGAAGACGGCCGAGGAGGUGGCGGCAUUGAUCCGAUCAUUGCCGGUGGAGGAGCAGCCCAAGCAGAUCAUCGUGACCCGAAAGGGCAUGUUGGACCCACUGGAGGUGCACUUGUUGGACUUCCCCAACAUUGUCAUCAAGGGCUCCGAGCUGUCCCUGCCCUUCCAGGCCUGCAUGAAGAUUGAGAAGUUUGGCGAUCUGAUCUUGAAGGCUACUCAGCCUGAGAUGGUCCUCUUCAAUCUUUAUGAUGACUGGCUGAAGUCGAUCUCCUCCUACACGGCCUUCAGCCGCAUGAUCCUGAUCCUGCGGGCGCUGCACGUGAACCCGGACCGCACCAAGGUGAUCCUGAAGCCGGACAAGACCACGGUGACGCAGCCCCACCACGUGUGGCCGAGCCUCACGGACGACGAGUGGAUCCACGUGGAGGUGCAGCUGAAGGAUCUGAUCCUGGCAGACUACGGCAAGAAGAACAACGUCAACGUUGCCUCGUUGACGCAGAGCGAGAUCCGCGACAUCAUCCUUGGUAUGGAGAUUGCCCCUCCAUCCAUCCAGAGACAGCAGAUCGCGGAUUUGGAGAAGCAGGGCAAGGAGAUGUCGCAGAUCACAACCAUCACCUCGAAGACAACGAAUGUGCACGGCGAGGAGAUGAUCGUGACAACAGGCUCUCCCUACGAGCAGCAGACCUUUGCCUCGCGCACGGAGUGGCGAGUCCGGGCCAUCAGCGCGUCCUCGUUGCACCUGCGGACCAACCACCUGUAUGUCAACAGCGAGGACAUCCGGGAGACAGGUUACACGUACGUCAUGCCCAAGAACAUCCUGAAGACCUUCAUUUGCAUCAGUGACCUGCGGACGCAGGUCGCCGCGUAUCUCUACGGCAUCUCGCCGCCGGAUAACCCGCAGGUGAAGGAGAUUCGGUGCAUGGUGAUGGUGCCCCAGGUCGGCACACACAGCAACGUGACGCUGCCGCAGCAGUUGCCGGACCACGACCACCUGAGGGACCUGGAGCCGCUAGGGUGGAUCCACACGCAGCCGCAAGAGCAGCCGCACCUGAGCCCGCAGGACGUGACGUUCCACGCGCGGAUGCUGGCGGACAACAAGACUUGGCUGGCUGAUCAGACGAUCAUCAUCACCUGCAGCUUCACGCCAGGAAGCUGCUCGCUGACGGCCUACCGCAUCACGCCCCAGGGCUUCCAGUGGGGCAAGUCCAACAAGGACACGGGCCCGAACCCGGCGGGUUUCCUGCCCACGCACGCGGAGAAGGUGCAGAUGCUGCUGAGUGACAUCUUCUUGGGCUUCUUCAUGGUGCCGGACAACGGCAUCUGGAACUUCAACUUCAUGGGACAGAAGCACAACCCCACCAUGAAGUACAGUCUUUGCGUGGAGAACCCGCGGGAGUACUACCAUGAGUGCCACAGGCCAGCGCACUUCCUGAACUUCACGCAGCAAGAGGAGGGUGGAACAGAGGGCGCUGACCAUGAGGACCACUUUGUGUGAGGCGGGAGCACAGCCGCCAGCAUUAGGCUGGCAGAGUUGCUUUUGCCCGGCAAGUUACGGCGAGAGAUUCAUGAGUGAGUUCCGCCGAAUUAUCACUCACCUGCAGAAAGCAUGGUUAGUGACACAAUGUGGCAGAUUGCUGAAACCGCGUGAGUUUGCAAUCUCUCCGCUAUGCAAAAAGUGCUGGCAACGCAAGGCAGUCUGAAGAAAACUUACUGUGUGAC